CAGAACCCGCCGUUGAUAUGGGUUGGACCCCUGUGCGCGUGCGCCGAAACCCGGAAGUUGUGUCAGAAACACUGGCGGGCGGCCGGUUGGGGACGGACGCCCGGUGGAUCGGCGGGAGGUUGUCAGUAAUGGAGGAUUCACUGACGGGAAGCUCAAACCAAACAACAGAUCGCAGCCUGCAAGAGUCACUCAAUCCGCCGGGUUCUGAACAUCCGCAGACUUUGUACGUGGAAGCAGAAAGUUCCACCGACCGUGGGGAGAAAUGGCCAACGUAUUCUGAGUGUGAGCAGGACUUCAGUCAAGCAUCCACACUGACAAGUGACCAGAUCAGUCACUCUGGGGAGAAACCGUGGAAGUGUGAGGACUGUGGGAAGAGAUUUGUUUCUCCUUCCCACCUGGAGACUCACCGCCGAAGCCACACUGGGGAGAAGCCGUUCACCUGUCCUGUGUGUGGGAAAGGAUUCACACAGUCUUUCAGCCUAAAAACACACCAGCGAGUUCACACAGGGGAGAAGCCGUUCACCUGCUCAGAGUGUGGGAAGGGAUUCAUUCAGUCAUCUGAUUUGCUGAUACACCGGCGAGUUCACACUGGCGAGAGGCCAUUCACCUGCUCGGUGUGCGGGAAAGGAUUCACUCAGUCGUUCAACCUAAAAAUACAUCAGCGUGUUCACACUGGGGAGAAGCCGUUCGCCUGCCCUGAGUGUGGGAAGGGAUUCACGCACCCAACCAGUCUGCGGAAUCAUCAGCGAGUUCACACGGGGGAGAAACCAUUCAAAUGCUCGGAAUGUGGGAAACGAUUCACCCAGUUAUCCAACCUGAAAACACACCAGCGGCUUCACACUGGGGAGAAGCCGUUCACCUGCUCUGAGUGUGGGAAGGGAUUCACCUUCCCAACUAGCCUGCAGAAUCAUCAGCAAAUUCACACUGGGGAGAAGCCGUUCACAUGCUCCGAGUGUGGGAAAGCAUUCAUUCGGUCAGAAAACCUGCUGAUACACCAACGCAUUCACACGGGGGAGAGGCCGUUCACCUGCUCAGAGUGUGGGAAGGGAUUCACACGGUCUAGCAAAUUAAUGGAGCACCAGCGAGUUCACACUGGGGAGAGACCGUUCACCUGCUCUGAGUGUGGGAAGGGAUUCUCCCACUCAGCUAGUCUGCAGAAUCAUCAACGUAUUCACACUGGGGAAAAGCCGUUCAAAUGCUCGGAAUGUGGGAAGGGGUUUACCCAACAAUCCGGUCUGCAGAACCAUCAGCGAGUCCACACUGGGGAGAAGCCGUUCACCUGUUCUGAGUCUGGGAAAGGAUUCACCCACCCAGCCAGUCUGCAGAAUCAUCAGCGAGUGCGCACGGGGGAGAAGCCGUUCACGUGUGCUGAGUGUGGGAAGGGUUUCAUUCGGUCAGGCAACCUGCUGAUACACCAGCGAGUUCACACUGGAGAAAAGCCAUUUGCAUGCUCUGAGUGUGGGAAGGGAUUCACGCAGUCUGGCAAGUUAAUGGAUCUUCAGCGAGUUCACACUGGAGAGAGGCCGUUCACCUGUUCUGAGUGUCAGAAAGUAUUCACCGAGUCAUAUAACCUAAAAACACACCAGAGAGUUCAUACUGCAGAGAAACCAUUCACCUGCUCUGAGUGUGGGAAGGGAUUCACCCAUGCAGCCAGUCUGCAGAACCAUCAACGUAUUCACACUGGGGAGAAGUUAUUCACGUGCUCUGAGUGUGGGAAAGGAUUCACCAAGUCGUUCAACCUAAAAACACACCAGCGGGUUCACACUGGGGAGAGACCGUUCACCUGCUCGGAGUGCGGGAAGGGAUUCACCCACCCAACCAAUCUGCAGAACCAUCGGCGAGUUCACACGGGGGAGAAGCCGUUCACCUGCUCUGAGUGUGGGAAGGGAUUCACCCAGCAAUCCAGUCUGCAGAAUCAUCAGCGAGUUCACACUGGGGAGAAACCAUUCACCUGCCCUGAGUGUGGGAAGGGGUUCACCCAACAAUCCAGUCUGCAGAAUCAUCAGCGAAUCAGUCACUCUGGGGAGAAACCGUGGAAGUGUGAGGACUGUGGGAAGAGAUUCAUUUGUCCUUCCCACUUGGAAACUCACUACCGAAGUCACACUGGUGAGAGGCCCUUCACUUGCUCUGUGUGUGGGAAAGGAUUCACACAGUCAAUCCACCUAAAAACACACCAGCGAGUUCACACAGGGGAGAAGCCGUUCACCUGCUCAGAGUGUGGGAAGGGAUUCGUUCAGUCAUCUGAUCUGCUGAUACACCGGCGAGUUCACACUGGCGAGAGGCCAUUCACUUGUUCUGUGUGUGGGAAGGGAUUCACUCAUUCAUUCAACCUAAGAAGACAUCAGAGUGUUCACACUGGGGAGAAACCGUUCGCCUGCCCUGAGUGUGGGAAGGGAUUCACCCACCCAACCAGUUUGCAGAAUCAUCAGCGAGUUCACACGGGGGAGAAACCAUUCAAAUGCUCGGAAUGUGGGAAACGAUUCACCCAGUUAUCCAACCUGAAAACACACCAGCGGCUUCACACUGGGGAGAAGCCGUUCACCUGCUCUGAGUGUGGGAAGGGAUUCACCUUCGCAACUAGCCUGCAGAAUCAUCAGCAAGUUCACACUGGGGAGAAGCCGUUCACAUGCUCUGAGUGUGGCAAGGCAUUCAUUCGGUCAGAAAACCUGCUGAUACACCAACGCAUUCACACUGCGGAGAGGCCGUUCACCUGCUCUGAGUGUGGGAAGGGAUUCACCCACUCAGCUAGUCUGCAGAAUCAUCAACGUAUUCACACUGGGGAAAAGCCGUUCAAAUGCUCGGAAUGUGGGAAGCGGUUUACCCAACAAUCCGGUCUGCAGAACCAUCAGCGAGUCCACACUGGGGAGAGAAGCCGUUCACCUGUUCUGAGUCUGGGAAAGGAUUCACCUGCUAAACUCGAAUCUAAAUAAAACUCGGGGAAACCAGCUUCUUAUCGGCACCACAGUUUAUUGCGCACUGUCCUGCAGGAGUUUGAGACCCAGUUGUCAAAGGGAAGGCAUGUCAGUGCUGCCAACCAUCUGACAAGUGGACUAAUUCAACCGUAUAUUUAUACAUAGUAAGUCCCAGAUAUUAUUGUUGCAAGAUGUCAUUUGAACUGGUACGCCCACCAAGUCUGUUGGUGCAAACCUUAGUUGCAGAUAAGAGAGUCCAUUAAAUCAAGGUUUAAUUACAGAUGGAUUUGCUGUCCAGUCCUUAUCAAUUAUUCCCCUUGCUAGUCCCUGACUUAAUUACAGAUGGAUAUUCAUUCCUGUCCUUAUCGGUGAGUCCUUUCUCAAACAAGGGUACAAUAUAUUGUUUAUCAAAUUCUCAAUGUCCCUCUGCCAAUUAAAAGGAAACCAGUAUAAGCCGGUUAAUUUUUUAACUGCUGAAGACAAAGUUCACUUAAGUUCAAAAAUUCCUGUUCAGCCCAAUUAUUCUUUUAGCCAGAGGUUACUUAGGAUUGAAAUGGUUUCUUUAUAUCCUCAAUUCCUCACACCCACACAGACGGUCUGCAGAAUCAUCAGCGAGUUCACACUGGGGAGAAGCCGUUCACGUGUUCCUAGUGUGGGAGGGAAUUCAUUCGGUCAGGCAACCUGCUGAUACAAGCGAGUCCACACAGGAGAAAAGCCAUUUGCAUGCUCUGAGUGCGGAAAGGGUUUCACACAGUCUGGCAGAUUAAUGGAUCAUCAGCAAGUUAUAGACAAUAGGUGCAGAAGUAGACCGUUCGGCCCUUCGAGCCUGCACCGCCAUUUUGAGAUCAUGGCUGAUCAACUACUAUCAAUACCCGGUUCCUGCCUUGUCCCCAUAUCCCUUGAUUCCCCUAUCCAUAAGAUACCUAUCUAGCUCCUUCUUGAAAGCAUCCGGAGAAUUGGCCUCCACUACCUUCCGAGGCAGUGCAUUCCAGACCCCCACAACUGUC